CUGAAGGAGUCGGGGGGAAGUCGGGACAUUAGAUAAGCUCAGAGAGAGAGACACGUCCAGAAGGUGGGAGCAGUUUCUGAACGUGGCCAACGGGCUGCAGCACUGACUUCACUGCGAGCCUGUCAAACACAACCAACACAGCCAACAUGGCGGACUGGGACGCUGACACCUUUGAGCUGGAGGAGCCGAUUAAAAAGGCGGCAGCGAUGGACAAAUGGGAAGGCGAAGACGAAGAUGAAGAGGUUAAGGAUAACUGGGAUGAUGAGGAAGAAGAUGAGGAGAAAAAAGCAGAGAUGACAAAAACAGAGACAAAGGUUUCUGAAAAGAAAAAGUUAAUUGAGAAGAUCAAAGAGAAAGAAAACCGGCUAAAGAAAAAACAGCAGGAGCUGAAGGAGAAAGAGUUGCAGGAAAUGGAGCAGGAGAAGGAGCUCUCUCCUGAAGAACUGCUCGCAGAGAAGCUCAGAGUGAAGAAAUUACAGGAAGAUGCAGACUUGGAGCUAGCAAAAGAUGCUUUUGGUGUCAGCAGCACUUCAAACAGUGUCACUGGGAUUGAUGCCAUGUGUCCAUCUUCCAAGGAAGACUUCACAGAGUUUGAAAAAUUGCUGAAAGAAAAGAUAUCCCAGUUUGAAAAAUCUGUGCAUUAUUCAAGUUUCUUGGAUUCAUUGUUUCGGGAACUCUGUAUUUCAUUGGAAGUAGAAGACUUGAAGAAAGUCAGUAAUUCCCUCUCAGUCCUACUUAGUGAAAAACAGAAACAAGAAAAACAAAACAAAGGAAAGAAGAAGAAGAAAGGGGUCGUGCCUGGUGGCGGUUUGAAAGCACAGCUGAGAGAUGACCUUGACUAUGCAGAGUUUGAUGGUGGCUACGCCCAAGACUAUGAAGACUUCAUGUGACACUGGCUCUAUCGCCACUGCCCAUCCCAACCCUCAACCCUCAGAAAUGCAGCUGUACCUUCUCAUGCUGUCCAGUGCCAUCCUGGAAAAUCUGAACUAUGUGUUGCCCCCUUCAUUUUGCUUCAGUGACCAGAGGGACUAUACCAGGGAGCAUCCAGUUUCACCAACUCUUUAUGUUCAUACAUAUGGAAUUGCCUUUUUCUCUGUCUCAUUCAGCCUCGACUCUCUCUCACACACAUAUAAAUCAUGUAGUAUCUGUUGGGUGACCCAGCUUCAAUGGAGAAUACAUUGUAACUGCUGUUGUCUGAGUUUUGUGGGGCUAAUUUUUUAUUAAAUGUUGCUCCUGUCAAAAUGGCAGAUACAGUAUUGCAGUUAUGAGUGUAGUGACAUAGAAACAAAAGGUUCUAUGCAAAUUCUUUAACCAGAAUGUCAUGUAUAUAGAUAGGACUCACUUACCUGUGGAUGGUUCUCUUACAGGAAAGUAUAUAGUAUCUAUAACUUUGGUUGCCAAAUUCCGAACAAUUAUUCAAUACAUUCAUCUUUAUCUCUGGAAAGGUUGCAUUGUGGGCGAUUUGAGACUGACGCAACAUGUAAGUAGUAGUUGUAAUUUUACAGAGAGCACAUGACAUUCACUGUAAGGUAAAAGGGAUAGACAAGUAUAAUAAAUGUGACUUUAAAACCUCACAGCCAUUCUCUUGAUACAUCUCUGGAUAUCCUUGAAAAUAUGGAGCAAAGAGUGCUUAUAGGUAUUUUUUUGUGCAUGACAAAAAUGUAAUUUACUAAUUUGAUUUCUACUAAUGCAGAAAAAGUAUGGAUCAGGCAAGUGGAUUAACUUGCCGCGACUGGUCUCCUAAUCAUUGCUUCUGCAGGCUUGUAUCAAGUGUGAUGAGGAGCGGGGGCUUAUGGGCUUCACCCCACCAUGUCUUCAUAUGGGCUACAGUUAGUUGAAAGGGGCAUAUUUCUCCUUUUCUUUUCUAGCAAUUGACCAGUUUCAAUGUUACAUGGACAAUUGGAUACAUACUAUGUGGAAGAUACAGCAUCUGCAGUGUUUUAUAAGCAUCUAAUUUAAUAAAUCACUGGUCAACAGUA